AUGAAUACACCUUGUAGUCUUGAACAUUGUCAUACAAAUUUAUUUGCUUUGCAAAGUUUAAAUGAUAUGAAAUGGAAAUGUUUUCGUCGAACAAUAAAUUAUCGUUUAGAAACUAAUCAAGUAGGUCGAAUUGAUAAUUAUAAAGAUCCAGUUUUAAUUGCAUAUUGGAAUGCAUUACAUGCGGAUAUAUUAUGUUCAUGGAGACGUGUAUCAACAGAUGAUGGACAAAAAACUGAGAGAGAACUUUGGUUAUUUGGUAUUAAUGAAGAUCUUCCUUCAGAUUUACCUAAUUUAAGACCAAUUAAUCAUUCACAUGGAUCAUGGAAUGAAAGUGCAAUGUCAUAUGAUUGUAGAUCAAUGUUAUUUAAAGCAUUACAUAAUAUGAUUGAAAAAUAUUUAUUAGCAAAAGGUUUUGCUCGUUUGAAUAAAUGGUUUGUUUUACCAAUUAAUGAUCAUUCCGAUGUUAAAGUACCUAAUUAUUCGUUUAAUUUUAAUUUUUUUCUUCAUGGUGAUAAUAAAGUAUGUGCUAGUGUUGACGUUCAACGUCAUGAACAUGUAUUUAAUUUAACAAGUAAAGAUCUUGAACGUACUUCACCAUCAAAUGUUAUUUUGGCACCAUAUGGUAUUAAUGGAAUGCUUAUUGGUCAUGUUAGUAGAGAAAUAGAUAUGAAUAUUUGCCGUGAAAGUUGGGAAAAAAGUUAUCCAAUUCGUCAUUUAGAUGGUUUACCUGAUUUUGUUGAAGUUACAACAGGUAAUGCUCGAAUGUUCUAUCCAACAUGUUAUGUAUAUAAAAUUGGCUCAAAUGAUGAAUCAACAACAAAUAAUGAAAAUACUUCAACAAAUAAAAAAUCUAAUACAUCCAUAACAAAAAAACCAAAAUCAACAGCAACAACAACAACAACAACAACAACAACAUCAAUAAAUACAUCUUUAGAUAUAACAUCAAAUAAAAAUAAAAUUGAUAAUUCUUUUAUAAAAAAAUUUGCUAAUAAUUUAUUAGUUGCAACUCAACGAAAUAGUUGUAUUGAUCUUGAAAAAAAACAAGAUAAUCAACAAAAUGAUAUAUGUUUAACAAUUAAUGAUCCAGUUAAUCAUCAUUUAUGUCAAUGUAAUCAAACUUUAUCAAUAAAUACACGUUCAUCACCAUUUAUUCCAUUUCAUCGUCGUCCUCGUACAACAUCUCCUAUUACGUCUGAUUCAUCCAUUCGAAAUAAAAUUGAUACAAUUAAAACAGAAAAUUCUUCAUCAGAAUCAAUUGAAAAUCAUGAUACUCUAAUCGAAUCAACAUCAUCUUCAAUAGUAACAACUAAUACUCAAUUAACAACUAAUGAAAAACCAGCUGAUUGGACAGCAUCAACACCAAAUAGUGUAGGUAUUACAGGUCCCCCAUCAGUACUUACUUCAAUUACGAAUCAAAAUUCUACUACAAUAAAUUCUCCAGCACCAAAUCCAAUAUCAACACGUGGUAUUAAACGUUCAGCAGCAAAAGCAUUGGAUGAAACAUAUAUUGAAGAUGAUGAAUCAGAACAACAAAAACAAACAUAUGAUUUUUAUCGAACUGAUUCAUUUUUACAAUUACCUUUAAAACGUUUUCGAGCUGAUGAUCAAUUAAAUUUGAAUGAGUUUGAAUCAACAAUAGCAACUUGUGAACAUGUUUAUCAACAUGGUCAACCUACACCUCCUAGUCCUAGUCAAAUAUCAUUUCGUUCUAAUCUUGAUUUUGAUGAUAAUGAAGAUUUAACAUCACGAACAAAUUAUUUACUUUCAACAUCAAAUAAUACUCGUUCAUCAAAUCAAUCAUCAUUUUUUUUAACAGAUGGACCAUCAAUGGCUGAUCUUGAAACAAUUAUUGAUUCACAAUAUACAAUAGAAAAUAAAAAUACAAAUACUCAUUCACAUAAUAUUUCUGAUAAUAAUAUUAAAUCACCAAGUCGAAAAGAAAAUAUACUUCCACCACCGCCUCCUAUUCCAAGUAUAUAUAUUAAUAAUGGUAGUAUAUAUCCUGUCAAUCGAUCAUUAAAUGGAGUUCUUCAUGAAAUGGAACAAAUCUAUAAUACACCACCAGGUUCAUCAUCAUCAGAAAAACUUCAAGCAUUACAUUCUCCAUAUGGAAUUAUAAUUGAUACAUCAAUACAUGUUGCAAAUACAUUUGAUGCAUUAAAUCAUUUUAGUCAAGAAUCUAUACUUGCACCAUUUGAAUCAAAUUCUAUUGCUGAACAAUCAUCUUAUUAUCCAUUAAAUAAAUUUUCAUUAAAAAAAUUUCAUAAACGUUAUGAACCAUCAAAAUCAUUAUCAAUAACAACAUCAACAUAUCAUAAAAAUUUUCGAAAUUGGAAACAUACAAUACCAAUUAAUGAUAUAUCAUCAAGUCCAUUUAAUAAUAAUCAACAAAUUCUACGACAACAAACAACACCGCGUUCAAUGCCAACACCAAUACCAAAUAUUUAUUCACCAAUGCGUUCAAAUGAUUUACAAUCAUCACCAUAUCCUAAUCGAUCAAUUAGUAGUGUUCAAACAAUAAAUAGUCCAAUAAGUGGUAUUAUACCAUCAAUAAUACCUGAAAUUGAUUCAUUUAUAUUUAAUAUUUUACUUACUGAUAGUAUUUUAAAUAUAUAUCGUGAUAUUAAUUUUGAUUCAUGUGUUUUAUGUGCAUGUAAUUCAAAUGAUUUAUCAAUACAUGGUAUGGAUUCAAUAAUAUAUUUAGAAAAACCACAUGAUAAUAUUAAAUCUAUACAUUCACAUAUGUAUACACAUCAACAAUCACCAUAUCAACAUUCAACAAUAUAUUCUCAACAACAACAACAACAACAACAACAAUCAAUAUCAUCAACAAAUAAUUCAUGUUCAUGUGGUUUUUCAGCUGUUGUGAAUUUACGUUUAGGUUAUUCAUCUGGUUUAUUUUAUGAAGAUGAAAUUGAAAUAACAGGAAUUAAAGCUGAUAUUAAAUAUCGUCAAUUAAAUGAUAAUUUAUCAAUUAAUUUAUUAGAAUUAAUUGAAAAAAAACAAUCGAUAUCAUCACCAUUUGAUUAUUUUAAUAAUCAAAAUUUACAAAAACAAAAUACUCAAGAUAUUUUACAAAAAACUUUAAAAGAACCAUUUUAUCAAUAUGAAAAUUGGGCUUGUCGAUUAGCUCUUGAUCAAGCACGAAAUAAUGGUAAUGGUUUAAUAGUUGAUGAUAUUGAUAAACAUCAUUGGUUACAUCAAUGGUCAUAUUUAACAUCACCACUUGAUUCUGAUCAACAAUUAAUAACUAUGUUACGUUCAUUACAACCAUUAUUAGUUGAAGCAUUAAAAAAACGUAAUGUUAAUGGAUUAUGGAGUACAAUUGAUGGUCCAUUAACAUGGAAAUCUUUUCAUCAAUUAUUAUAUGUACAAAAUCAACAUGCACAUCUUGAAGAACAAAUAAGUGGACCACAACCAAUACCAUAUAUUCUUGCUGGUCUUGAUCGUGAAUGGAUUAUGUUAGCACCUUAUGGUUUAAAAUUUUGGGAUAAAUUAUGUCUUGAACCAUAUUCAAAACGAAAAGAUAUUGGUUAUAUAUGUAUUGUACCUGAUAAUGAUUAUAUAUGUACAAUGACAAAAAUUUAUUUUCGUGAAUUAUCUUCACAUUAUGAAUUAUGUCGAUUAGGUUCACAUAGACCUUUAUUAAAAGCAUUUUCAGAUCAAGGACUUUUACGUAUAUCAUCACAACAAUGUAAUGAUUCAUCACAACUUCCAAAUGUUGAUUCAUGGUUUACUGAUCAUGAAACAACACAUCCACUUGGCAGUCGAUUAAAACUUUAUGCUCAAAUAUUCAAAGAUAAACUUCUCAAUAUUCUCACCACACAAUCAUUCGAUAAUACAUUAUCAGAUGAUAGUACAUCUCGUCGAGAUGUAUUUCGUAGUCCAAAUGAUAUAUCACCAUCAUCAUCAUCAUCAUUUGAUCAUUAUUCAACGAACAAUGAUUUAAUAAUAAAUACUGGUGUUGCUGCAAAUAGUAUUUAUACAACAGGAUCACCAGCAAGUGAUGCUCUUAAUACAUCAUCAAAUAAUCUUUCGUCAUCGUCAUCAACAAAUGGUACAAUUGUAAAUGGUCAACAAGUUGAUCCAAUUGAUUUACAAGCAUUUGAAUCAUAUUAUCAUGGUCGUUCAUUAAAUGAUGAACAAUUAUUUUUAGUUAUUUAUAUAAUUGAUACAUUUCGAUAUGAAUUAAUGGGAUCAUCAAAUAAUGAUAAUGAUGAUAUUCAUAUUGAUGAUACAAUUGAUAUUUAUGUAAGAAAAGCAAUUUUUCGUGCUUAUUUAGAUCUUAUUAAAGAUUUACCAGAAAAAAUUACUCUUCGACUUAAUAUUCAAAUUGUUCCAUUUGAAUCAAUAGUCAAUCAACAAAUGGAAUCUGAUGCUGAACUUCGUUUAACACGAUUAAAACGUUUUUCAUUUCAUGUUUAUGAUCAAUUACGACAAACUGUUUCACAUACAACACGUGCAAAAUCUUUAACUGGUUUUGGUCCAGCUAUAUCAGAAGAAAAAAUGCAAACAAAAAUUGUUAUGCAAUUGUAUACACCAGCAUAUAUUCUUUCACCUAAAUCAGAUUUUCGUUUUAAACCAUUUGCUGAUAUAACAGAACAAUCAAAUAUAAAUGGAAGUAUUUUAUUUUGUUCAUAUUGUCUAUCAGAUGAUCAACGAUAUCUUUUGGCAGCAUGUUCUGAUGAUCGAGGAGAAUUAUUAGAAACAUGUUCAAUUAAUAUUGAAGUACCAGAUAGACAUAAAAGAAAAAUUCAACAUGCUCGACGAAUUGGUUUACAAAAAUUAUGGGAUUUUAUAAUGCGUAUUGUUACAGGUACAACAAUGCCAUGGAGAAUUGUUAUUGGACGAUUAGGAAGACUUGGUCAUGGAGAAUUAAAAAAUUGGGGAGUAAUAUUAUCAAAAAAGAAUCUUGUCCGUUGUGCUACAUUAAUACGUGAAUCAUGUUCAAUGUGUCAUAUUUUACGUAGUCAUGAUCAUCCAGUUAUAUUAUCAGCAUGUUUAAUAUCUAUGGAAACACAUCCAUUAUUAACUAUUCUACCAGAAUCACUUGAACUUGGAGAAAUGCGUGGAACACAACCAUCAAAUAAUAAUACAACAACAAUGCAAAAUAGUGGACAAGUUUUAAGUGAUGUUUCAGUAACACAUAUUCUUACAUUACCAACAUCAGCAUCUGUACAGCAUGUACAAGCCAUUCCUCGACCAAAUGAUCCUCGUCAAUCACCAAUCUAUAAUGAAGAUGAUUUAUUUAAUUCAAUAUUUGAAGGAUUUGAUACUGAUCCAUUUGGUCCUAUGCAAUCACCACCACCAGAUUUAGAAUUUCCACCUACUGGUGUACUUGAUAUAAAUCAUAAUGGAAAUCCAAAUGGACCUAUGAGUCGUUUAAAUAGUUUAUCUAUAUCACAACAUAAUUAUAAUGGAAAUGAUCUAUAUGGAAAUUCUUUACAUAAUUCAAAUAUAAAAUCAAAUUCAUUACUUCAUUUAGAUUCUGAAGUUGAUUUAAAUGAUAUACCAUCAUUACAUCAACAACCACUUGCACUUGGUUUUUAUGUUUCAACAAUAGGUACAUUAAAUUCUUUACCAAUAUGGAUGUUACAAGGAAAAUCAAAUCAACGAUUAAAUAAUACAUCAAGUGUAUUUAAAGCAACAUUACAUGUUAGUGUACCUAAUGCUCAACAUUCAGAUGAUAUGUUAUUUGCUCAAAGUCAUGAUCAAAAAUCCAUUCAUCCACUUGAUUCAAAUUAUACAUAUGUUGUACUUAGACAUGUCCUUGAAUCUUAUAAUCGUUUGUCGUGGUUAUUAAUAGAUGCUAAAACUAAUGAACGUGCUAGUUGUUUACCGAUUCAUAUGGAAACAUUAUUAAAAUUAUACCAUGCUUUUAUUAAAUUUGUAUGA